AUGUCCUUGUCGGUGCAGCCCCUGCCGAGGUCGGCCGGGUGGAUCCUGAAGAGCUGCUUUCUUGCCUCAGCGUCCGGGAGCGGGACGUUAAUGCGCCUCUGGAAACGCCGCCGCACGGCCGGGUCGAGCGACCACGGGAGGUUGGUGGCCGCGAGGACGAGCACGCCCGAGUUAUUCUUGCCGACGCCGUCCAUUUGCACCAGGAACUCGGUCUUCAUGCGGGCCGUGUGUUCGUUGCUGCCGCCGGGCUUGCCGUCGCGGUUGCCGCAGAGAGCGUCGAUCUCGUUGAUGAAGAUGAUGGCCGGUUUCUUCUCUCGUGCCAGCUCAAACAGCUGCCGGACAAGCCUUGUUGUCGGUUUGGGCGGUUAG